CCUAGCCGAGGCUGGGUCGGCCUAAAGGUAGGGCUUCCAAGAACGCUCUCCGGAAGAUCCGCGUUGCUGUACCGGAGAGGCGCUCCAGCGCUCCAGUCGUCGCUGCCGUCGUUUCCCGUGCCGCUUCAGUCAUGCCGAAGCACGAGUUCUCCGUGGACAUGACCUGCGGGGGAUGUGCUGAUGCCGUCUCCCGAGUCCUCAACAAGCUGGGAGGCGUGGAGUUCAACAUUGACUUGCCCAACAAGAAGGUCUGCAUUGAGUCUGAGCACAGCACAGACACCCUGCUGGCCACGCUCAACAAAACAGGAAAGGCCGUGUCCUACCUUGGCCCCAAGUAACCAGGACCUGGGCCAGUCCCUCUGGAAGUACUAAAAAGGCCGUUGAUCUGGUCUCCCUGCAGAUUUGGACCACCACCUGCUCAGUCCAGCUCAGCCAUGGAGUUCCUGCCCAGACAGGCCCACCCCUGCCGGCUCCCUGCCGGCUUCCCUGCAAUAAAGUCAAGCUGCAUUUGUUGAA